CGCCACGUUUAACAAGGACACACUCAAGAGGAGAACAUCAGCUCAGAUUUGACUCUUUUACUUAUUUAUUUUCCUUUGGCUUGCAGUCUUUAUCUCCCAGUGGCUGACCGCUGAUACGGAAGCAGAGGUUUGGAAGUCAACGCAAGUUCACAUACAUUUUUAUUUAUGGUUCAUCUCUCUGCCGAAACCGGAGCAAUCUCACUCCCUCAGGCAGGCAAUAAAUCCUGGUCCGACUGAAUGUUUGAUGAUGAGAGAAAAAGCUCUUUUUGGGCGGCUGUCCACCAAAUGGUUUAUGUUCAUCGUUGGGUUGUGGUGCAGCUGGGAACACGACCCAACGCUACCGAAUUGUUAGAUGCAACAAUGUUUCCUUUGUUUAUGGCGACAUAGAUUCAGCUUCUGGAUGCAUGACACAGCACUUGUUGAGGGGUCUGUUUCAAGUGAUUUAAAGGACAGUAAAUUCUCGGUGUGUUAAACCACGAAGGUGAAUGCCAGUCGGUCUAGACAGAUAAUAUCUCAAAAACUAUUGUUUGUCACGUUUUUCUUCAUUUUAUUUUACUGACCUCCACCACUUUUCUUUUUAGCACAAGUUACUAAUUUUGAAUGACGACUCUUGUAUUGAUAUUGGCAAAAGAUAUCUAUGGCGCCAAGAUGAUGAAUUCUAAUUUUACUUUUCCUACGGCAUAAACAGGUUUUAGUUUAAUGUCUUAUAAACCACUGGAUGGAUGUUCAACACGUUUUAAGCUUGUGAAAAGUAGUUUCAGUUUUUGACAACACUGAAAAAAAAGGCUAAAGAAGAAGCUGGUUUCAUGAAAAUGUAUCCUGAUUGAAUUAGGGUCCAUCGCUAGUUAUCGACCUUCUGACUUACAGUUAAAUUGUUUUUUCUCCGUGAUGAUGAUAUCUGAUCUCCUACUCUCACACACACACACCUACAGACACACACACACAACUACAGGCAGAAACACAUACAGAUGCCUCAGCGUUUUUUUCCGGUGCAAUGAGCUGACGUGAGCCAGCUUUUUCUUCUCUUUUUCUGCUUCACUGACUGAAAAUCGGUUCUUUUAUCACCAGCUCGCUGUUCCCGUACUGACUAACAGUCUAACCGAGCAGAGAGGAGACAUCUCCCGCGCGCUGCCAACCGAACCGAACACCAGUCUAUAAUCUGCUGCGACGGCUCGGAAGCUGGAUGAGAGAUUCCGAUUUGUCGAGUUCAGUAAGCCGGAGACAAAAUGAAUACGGCGGGAUGCCUGUGAGCAUGUUUGAGGGUUUAUACAAGACGUGUGAGACAGAGAAAAAAGUCUUGUUGUUGUUAAAACCGCCGAGUCAUGCAGUGACGUUUAUCCGAAUGUUGUGUGAAGCGCACACACACAGACACACACACACAGCCAGCCUGUAUCCCUCAGCAUCCCGCUGUGGAGGCGGAGAGGGAGAGUUUAGCUGUUUGCAUCGGCGCCGAGCUCAAAGUGAACGACCCGUCUGAUGCAGGAAGAACAACAACAAUGAGACGAUAAAGAUCAUUUCCAGCGUUGAUGGCGCACGCUCAGCUGCUGGUGACGAGAGCGCCCUCUGCGGAGGGCACGGCUGCAGAGCUGGACGCUCUCAGCUUCCUGGAUUCUUUCGGGGAUGAAAACGGCACCGCGGAGAGAUGCUACCGGUCGCACUCCCGCAGCAGCGUCCUCCAGGGCCUGCCGUUUGGAGGCGUGCCCACGGUCCUCGCCAUCAAUGUGGUGCUCUGGAUGUUCCUGCUACUCGUCUUCUCGUGCCUGAGGAAGGCUGCAUGGGACUACGGUCGCCUAGCUCUGCUGAUGGAGAACGACAGUCUCACCUCCCUGUUUUAUGGAGAACCGAAUGAGAAAGAGAAGUCUCCGUCAGAGUCCAGCCCCUCUGACUCUGAGACCAAGGACAUGGGCUUCUGCUCAUGGCUCUCAUACCUUUACCAUAUGAAGGACGAGGAGAUCCGUAGCAAAUGCGGCAUUGACGCCGUUACAUACCUGUCUUUCCAGCGCCACAUCAUCCUGCUCAUGACGGUGGUUUGCCUGCUGUCUCUGGCCAUAAUACUGCCCGUCAACUUUUCUGGGAACCUCCUGGGAGACAGUCCUGAAAACUUUGGGAGAACAACGCUGGCUAAUGUUAGUGCAAAGGACGGCUUUCUGUGGCUCCACAGUGUCUUGGCUCUGGUCUACUUCAUCAUCACGUCGCUGUGUAUGGCUCACCACUUGAUACGGCUGGAGUACCAAGAAGACGAGAAGGUAGCCAGGACACUGAUGAUUACCUCCAUACCAAGAGAGAUCUCCGACCCCGGACUCAUCACCAAACACUUCCAUGAGGCCUACCCCAGCUGCACUGUCACCGAUAUCCGAUUCUGCUUUGACGUCCACAAGCUGAUGAGGCUGGACGCAGAGAGGCGCAAGGCGAUGAAAGGCCGGCUGUAUUUUGCCACAAAGGCCCAAAAGGAGGGGAAGAUCAUGAUCAAGACCCAUCCAUGUGCUCAGAUAUUCUGCUGCGACAUGUGUGGCUUUGAACAGGUGGAUGCAGAACAGUACUACGGCGAGUUAGAAGAAAAGCGGACGGACGAGUUCAACGCCGAGAAGAGCCGCAUCUCCAUGAAGAGGCUCGGCAUUGCCUUUGUGACCUUUCGCGACGAGAGGAUGACUGCCGUCAUUGUGAAGGACUACGGUUGUGUGCGCUGCCGUCGCAGACCCCAGCAGUCCAGCAUCACCACCGUGGUGCACUCGCAAAAAUGGGAGGUGGACUACGCACCUGCUCCCAGUGACAUCAUAUGGGAAAACCUGUCAGUGUGCGGAUCUCGCUGGUGGCUCCGAUGCGUCCUCCUCAACAUCCUCCUCUUCCUCCUGCUCUUCUUCCUCACCACUCCCGCCAUCAUCGUCAACACAAUGGACAAGUUCAACGUCACGCGGCCCGUGGACAGCCUGCAGAGCCCUGUCAUCACCCAGUUCUUCCCAACCCUGCUGCUGUGGGCGUUUUCGGUACUCCUGCCCUUCAUCGUCUACUACUCCGCCUUCUUUGAGUCCCACUGGACCAGAUCCGGCGAGAACCAAGUGACGAUGCACAAGUGUUUUUUCCUGCUGGUCUUCAUGGUCAUCAUCCUGCCCUCACUUGGUCUGUCCAGUCUGGAUCUGUUCUUCACAUGGCUCUUCGACGUCAACUUCUUGAGUGAAAAGGAGGUGAAAUUCCAAUGCGUGUUUCUUCCCGACAACGGUGCAUUCUUUGUGAACUACGUGAUCACAUCUAGUCUGAUUGGCACGUCUAUGGAGCUGCUCCGCAUCCCGGCGCUGACCGUGUACGCCCUCCGCCUUUGCUUCGCCAAGUCCCAGGCGGAGCGCAUUCACGUCAAACGGAGCCAGGCUUACGAGUUCCAGUUUGGUCUGGAGUACGCCUGGACCAUGUGCAUCUUUGCAGUCAGUAUGACCUACAGCAUCACUUGUCCCAUCAUCACGCCCUUUGGUCUGCUCUAUGUGAUCCUGAAGCACAUGGUCGACCGAUACAACAUCUACUACGCAUACGUUCCCACUAAACUCAACCAACGGAUCCACAAGGCGGCCAUCAGCCAGGUCAUCCUGGCCCCCAUCCUCUGCAUGUUCUGGCUGCUCUUCUUCUCAAUGCUCCGAUUAGGCCCAGUGCAUCCCAUCACCCUCUUCACCUUAGUGUCCCUGCUCUCCUGCGUAGCGUUCUGCCUGUUCCGCUUGUGCCUUAGGAAGCAGCCAGACAAGUCCACGAGCUAUCAGAUGUCUGAUCAGCCAGCGGAGGGGACGUUUACCGACGGAGACAGGACUACUGUAACAUCCACUACUGCCUCCAGUCUGUUUGUGGCCUCGGUGCUGCUGGAGCCAGAGCUGGCUCUGACUCCCAUGCCGUCCCCGGCUCACCACACCUACGGCGCCAUGGCCAGAUCCCAGAGUUCCAGCCACGGCGCGGCGGAGGAGGACGGGGAGGACGAGGACGAGUGUGAGGAAGGCCACGCCCGGACCCACGAGACUGAACUCCAAGGCCCCCCGGACCUCUACUGCUCCAGCCUCGUGGACGGCGCCGUAGGCUUCCAGUGACACCGAAACACCCAAAGCUGAUUCCACACGUCCUUCACCCUGAGGGGGGGGGGGCACAGAUUGCUAAAAUGCUGCAAUGCUCCCGACUCCUGAAUAUGAAAGAAUGCACAAUUUAUACAUAGACAGCAAUUUGCUAAAACAUCUCUGUGGACGAUGCCUCCCAAGAUGUACAGAUUAUUUCAGUUAAACUACCGGAUGCUCCGUGACGGGGAUCGCAACUUCUCCUGUGACUUCGCUUGCAAGACCAAAAGGGUUUAAAAGUAAACGGAAGGGUCUUGGGGUGGGGGGGGGUGGGGGGACUUGCCUUCGGGUUGCUAUCAGAGCCACUCUCUCCGUUCCGUGCCGCUUGGACGUGGACCUGCCAGUGUGGGUGGUGUGAGCCGGCUUCGGCCCGGCAGAGUGGUCCGGGUGAUAUCUGGUUCCUCGAACGCAGAGCUGGGGGAGGAUGGGGGGGGGGGGGGCUGAGGGUGGUGAGCAGCUGGUCGUGAAGCCAUCUGCAGCGAGACAGCAGACAGACGGAGGGGGCCGAAUGUAACUCGGACAUGUACUGUAAUGUGCUGUAAGCCGCCCGGCCGUAUACCUGAAGCUCGUUGUACCUAUUGUCGAUUUGAGGUCGCUAUUUUUGCUACAGUAUUUUCCGUGCCAUUGAUAUUGUGCGUUGUGUUGGACUACUGGAGGUUGUUGAAGGAUUUUGCAGCUGUCCCGUCUUAGUAACGUGUGCCCUUAUUACGCUGUUUUGGUUUUGACUGUUUAUGUGAUCCAACAAAAUGUUAUCAGUUCUUCAUUUUAAAGGUAUAGUUCAGCACUCAUGCUGGUUCACUUUCUUGCCAGGAUUUAGAUGAGACCCAUACCACUUUCUAUCUGUGUGGUAUUAAUCUUCUUAUCUAAUUCUUGGCCGUAACCGAAAAAGGUUUCCAUCCCAAAUUGCAGAAUAUUUUGAAAAAUAUACAGAAACUCCAGUGAGAAUAUUAAUCCUCUGCAGAGGAAUGAAUUAAUUCUUUCAAUUUUUACAUUUUUGCAUGCAUGUUGACAAAGUAACAUGUAUAAAUGAGGUACGGACUCCUUUUCUGAACCAGAGGGUCGAGUUUCACAUGCGUUGAUCUCAUUGUCGGCCUGCGUGUGUUUCCAACUCUUCCUUCUUGUGGAGGGGUGAACUUCUCCUGAAUAGACACUGAUUAUAGUUAGUUAUUCGUGUCUCUUUGCUGUGCCUUGAAACAAACACCCUCUUUCGUGUGACAAUCCAGCAUGGCCUGAAAUAUGCUGCAUGAACUGAAAACUAAAGGGCGGAGAAACAUCUAAGAGAUGAAAACACAACAACAAACAAACAACCCGCCGUGUUGAAGAGCUAACGGGAUGUUAGUCCUCAGAUACGCAGUAGGCUCACUCUUCAAACAAGGUCCUCCUGCUGCCUUUCUCUGCAGCUUCAUGGUCUUCAACUGCGGAUUAGUUUCGAUGUCCUGAUAAAGUCCUGGUCAACCACUUGCUUUUUCUGAAGCUGUUCAACCGUUGAGCAGAAUUCGUCUGCUGAUAAACACUAUGUGGUUUGAUUAAAAGCUCUAAACCAAGUACGGAAUCAUUUAAAAGCGAUUAACAGUCAAGCUCCAAACUAAGCAAUCUCACCGUUUGUUUACUUCACACCGGUUCCGUCACUUCUUUACGAUGUUUGGUAUUACGUCCUCGUUGGUGCCUUUGUGGAUUUCAAUCAUUGUUGUUGAACUCAUAUAAGACGUAUGAGAGAACUUUCUGCCGAGGAUACAAUCUUUCAAAGGCGUGUGGCGUUUCUGUCUCAUUUGAACACGUUAGAUUGACAGUGAGCAAAAUUAGAGGCUGUGUAUUUAUUCGUGGCAUAACACUAAAUCUAUUUGCUACGUUUUACAUGGAAUCCAUCAUGCUGUGUAAAAGAGAGGAAAGCUGGCAGCAGAGCCAGAGUGGUCAUUAAAGAGAAUUAUGAGGAAAAAUCAAAGAGCAUCUCUAAAAGUCUCCAUGUGAAGUACCACCGUACCCUGCGGGUUCGAAACAUCAUUAAAUGUACUCCCCCCCCCCCCCCCCCCCUUUGAAAACUACCAAAUGAAAUUGUUUUUUUUGCUAUUCUUCGCUCUAAUGUCCAUGCAAGGAGAUAUUGUCCAUUUUCUAGUUUAAUUGUAUCCGGUCACUCGGAGGUUCAUUCGAUUUCCAGACAUGUCUUGUGCAUCAUAAGUGCUUUAUUUCAUACAGUGUGUGAGGCUGCUGUAAAAUGUGGGUUGUUGUAUCUACAUGAAGGUCGAGAUUAAAGGAAAGACUGCAUUUGAGGUUGAUCUUUUUCGGGCCCGUUUUGUCAUCAAGUUUUCAUCUGUCAAAAGUGAAGUGCUGUGAUCUGAAAUUAAAGUUAAUUCAGCUCAAUCCA